AUGCCGGCAGCAACCCCCGCCUCACACAGCCUCGACCUCUCGCGCAUCGCCGCCCCGAUGGUCGGCCAGAGCGACCUGCCCUUCCGCCUCCUCGUCCGCCGUUACGGCGCCUCGCUCGCCUACACCCAGAUGCUCCUCCCAGACCGCCUCCUCUCCGAUCCGGACUACCUCGCCUUCCACACACGCGGCCUGCGCGAAGGCGACGACCGCCCCGUCGUGGUCCAGCUCUGCGGGAACGACCCGGAGACGGUCGUCCGUGCUGCUCGCACCGUCGUUCACCGUGCAGACGCCAUAGUUGACGGGGGAAGACGUGCAGAUUUGAACUUGGGCUGUCCGCAGGACGCGGCAAGGGAGGCUCACUACGGCGGGUACCUGCUUGGCCAGAAGGACUGGCCGCUGGUGGAGAGCAUAGUCUCGGCGCUCUCCCAUUCCCUCCCGGUCCCGGUCUCCUGUAAAGUGCGGCUCACGCCCGACCCCGCACAUACACCCAUGCUCGGUGCACGUCUCGAGGCCGCCGGCGCGUCCUGGCUCACCUUGCACGCGCGUCAGGUAUCCGCGCGGCGGCGCAGGCAAGGAGCCGCGGACCUAGCCUAUGUCGGAGCCCUGAGGAGUGCCGUGCAUGUGCCAGUAGUCAGCAACGGGAACGUGCGGACCUGGGAGGACAUUGGGAGGAAUUUGGAGGAGACGAAAGCGGAUGGAGUCAUGGUGGGGGAGGAGUUGCUCGCAAAUCCAUGUUUGUUCGCGGACAAAGUCCCGGAUCCGGUCAAGAUCUCGCUCGAAUAUCUGGCGCUAGUCGAAGAGCACCCCGAGACGGCCACGAUGCAGACGGUGCAGAUGCAUGUCCGACACUUUAUCGAAAAAAAAUGUGGGCGCCGCCCGUGGUUCACCAAGUUCCGCAUGGCACUCGCGCGCACUGAGACCCCGGCGGACAUCGUGCGGCUCCUCCGCGUACGCGUGCAACGUUGGCGCGGGCUCCCGCCGCUCGAGCACGAUCGUUGGUCGAGCGACAGCAAGGACGAUGAUGACGAGCACGAGGACGGGCCACGGGAGGAAGCCGAGGAUCUGUCGGGUUUGGGAUUGUGGGACCUCUAA